AUGGGCGAAAUCAAGAAGGGAACUAUCAAGUACCGCAACAAGGAGGGCACCCUCGAUGCCUCAGCCCUGCUCUGGCGUGCCCUCACGUCCGAGAAGGCAGAGAUCAUGCGCAAGUACAUCACCAAGGACGCCGUCCUCUGCGAGCCCAACCAGAAGAUCUACUCGCCGCGCAGCGAGCCCUCGCUCGACGAGUAUAUGGAGGACUACUACGAGCCCUGGACCGCGUACAAGAUUCACGGCGAUCCUGAAUUCGUCGAGAUCGACCUCAUGGCCUCGGCGCUCAACUACCGCGUCACCGCGUGGAAGCUGACCAACGGCGAGAUGGUCGCGACCGAGGCCUGGUGCCACAGCGUCUUCAGACAGGGCCCUGGAGGAGACUGGAUGUGCUGUCUUCACCACAUGGCUAAGAUCUAA